AUUAAUCAUGAUUAUUAAUAUUUAUGUGAAAGAUAAAAUGUGAGGAUAUAGUUGGGGUGAGAGAUGAUAAAUGGAAGUCCCACAAUAAGCGUGGGUCCCAGAAGGUAAGAAAAAAAAGAAAAGAAAAGGAAGGAAGAAUAGAAUGGGAAGCGAAUUGAGGAUGAAGAGGGAAGAGGCGGAGAUCUACCGGGGAGAGGCAGAGUGCAAGCAAAAGUCAAGGGUCCUGAUGGACGAGAUUCUGCUGCCGCGAGGGCUGCUACCGUUGGAAAACAUAAUCGAGAUGGGUUACAACCGCACGACGGGCUUCGUCUGGCUAAAGCAGAAGCGCAAGAAGGAGCACCGCUUCCACGCCAUCGGACGCACCGUUUCCUACGCACCGGAGGUCACCGCAUUCGUGGAGGAGCACCGCAUGCGAAGGGUCACCGGCGUCAAGACCAAAGAGUUUUUCAUUUGGGCCACCAUCUCCGAGAUCUUCGUCGACGACCCUUCUUCCGGGAACAUAUCCUUCGCUAACCCCGCUGGGAUUACAAGGUCUUUUCCUCUCUCCGCUUUCUCUCUCCAAGACCAACAACAAUAACAUCAUCCAGGAUGCUUCGUUUUUUCACCACCAUGCUUCAUUCAGAUAUCUCUAUGACUAUAACCAAAAUCAUGAGAUCAACAUCAAUCACUUGAAGAAUUCAAGUAUAGUUUUUUUUUUCUUCAUAUAUUAAAAUAAAGUAUAAAUUAAGGGAUAA